AUGCUAUCGAUGCUUGCCCACCCUCUGUCGCCUCAGACCAGCAAUGCCAUAGUAUGUAGCGUCUACGAAGGCAUCGUCACGCAAACGUCGACGGUCAUGGAUCGACCUUUUGUGUGCGAGGAGCCUGGCUGCGGUCGUCGCUUUAACCGCAAGUUCACGCUCACUGAGCACAAGAAAACGCACACAGGCGAGAAGCCUUACGUGUGUCCGCUGGUCGAGUGCAGCCGGCGCUUCAGCACGUCGGGCAACCUGGCGCGCCACAAGCGCCUCCACGCCUCGCUCAAGCCUUUCGAGUGCGACAUCAAUGGCUGCAAGCGGUCGUUUCCCAGCCAGGAGAAGCUUGACCACCACAUCAAGAUUCAUACCGGUCGAAGGACGCACAUGUGCCACUUGCCCGGCUGCACCAAGACCUUCAGUACGGCAGGAAACCUUACGCGCCAUAUUAAGAACCGUCACGUGGAGCUCAUUCGGCACACUAUUCCAUCCUAUCAGAGCACACGGACUCCCGUCGAACAUCAGCUCGUGCUACAACCACAUAAUCUGCCGAUCUCUUCGGCAGGAUACUUCCAUGCCCCUUUCCCUGGCACAAUACCGUCUGCUGAGCAGUUGACAAAGAUCGGGCCCGUGUCGCCAGUCUUUUCACCAGACUCUGCGGUGCUGUCGUCGUCUCAUGACGAGUUAUCAUCGGCCUUCCAGAUGACAUGCGAACCAUUUCUACAGUGUUUUAUUUCAAAACCACGUGAUAUGGAUCCAAUGGUGGAAAACGUCGUAGGUGACAUUGCCCGGUGCAGCAUGAGCGUGCUGGACGAGGUUAUCGAGUUUGAGCUCACCAAGAACGUCUAA